AUGGCCUCGAUCGACAGGCUGAGCGACUUGCCCGACGAAAUCAUCUCUCACAUCCUUUCAUUUCUCCCCAUCAAAACCUCCGUCUCUACCAGCACCCUCGCCGCAAGAUGGAGGUUUCUAUGGGCUUAUGCCCCUAACAUACAAAUCGUUAAUUUCGCUCAUAGAGACGUCCUGAGAAUUUUUCUGCCACAAUGUGAAGCGCACGGCCUGAACACACUUCGCAUCCUUGGGGAUAUCUACUUCGAUUGGGAACUUGAGAGGUUUCUCGGGAGUGCCGUUGCGUGCAAGAUGAAAACUCUCGAAAUUACUCAAACGUAUGACUAUAGUUUUUUGCCCCCUUGUGUGCUUGCCUCCCAAACCUUAGUUGAUUUGAAGCUCAGUCGUUUCUUUAUUAAGAUGAAGAAUGUCACCGUUUGUUUACCAGCCCUCAAGAGGCUUCAUGUUACAACUGUUAGGCUCCACGGCUCGAUCGAAAACCUGAUUUCCGGUUGUCCGGUGCUUGAAGAGUUCACCGGUUUCGGAUGUUACGAAGAUGUGGAAUCCCAUUGCAUAUCUUCGUCCACUAUGAAGAAGUUGGUCCUCGAUUCUCACUUCCGUUACAAGUUGAAGAUAGACACUCCUGUGCUUAAUUAUCUAUUACUACAGUAUGAUAUCCCCCAUCAUUUCUCGGUUGGGUCGAUGGAUUCCUUAAUUGAAGCACACAUUGUUGUUGAUCGAGUCGAGCGAAUUGUGAAAGACGAUCUUUAUUCUCAUUCUCUGCUAGAAUUUUUGGGUAGGUUCUCUAAUGUUAAAAAAAUGACCUUAUGUGCUUGGCCUUGCAGUUUGGGGAAGGUACCUGACUUUACCCCUGUUGAUUUGAACAUAAAGUUUCACAAUUUAACUAAACUCACGGUGAAAGGUGAUUGGCGUUUCAUCUCAUAUUUCGUGGAGAAGGCUAACAUGUUUGAAGUCCUUAAUGUCAUACAAUGUCUAGAACCGAAUUGUGAGAUGGAACCCAUCCAGUUGCCUAUGGCUACUUCAAUCAUGAAGCUUCACAAUUUAAUAAAACUCGAACUGCAAGUCGAUUGGUGGUUACUAACAUAUAUCCUAGAGAAGGCUGACAAACUUAAAGUCCUUAUUAUCCGCAAUGUUUAUUUUAAGCAGAAGCGAAAACGCUGGUUGGCGGCGCCCCUCCAAGUGCCUAAUUGCCUUUCAUCACAUCUUAAAAUAGUAGAAAUUCAUGAAUUGAAUGGUACAGAGCAUGAACUCGACAUGGUUAGAUAUCUCUUAAAGAAUGCCAAAGUCCUGGAGAGGAUGGAACUACAUUGCUUAGCAGAAUCGAUUGGUAGAAUUUCAUCAUUUGAUCGAGGAUCUGAUAAAUGUGAGAUUGUCUUCAACGAAUAUCUGGAAUCGGACUCGGACGAUGACUGA